AGCAACGAAGACUGACAUAUGGUUAUCAUUUGUCACACGACAUACUUUUCGCUUAGCAACUGAGGAAGCGCAGGGGAGAGAAAGAGAGCAUAGAGGGAGAGAGAGAGACGAAUAGAGACCAAGGCGGACAGAGGGGAUCCAAUUGAGGCACGCUCUCUUCUACGGCACCAGUCGUUGGCAAGGAAGGGCCAUGCCAGCAGACGACGCGGAGCUUCUCCGAUCUCUCCGACGAGAGAUUGGAGCUCCCACUCGACCCGCUGCUGCUAGCCGAGGCGCGGGUGCAAGCAACAGCACCGGCGGCGGAGGCGGUGGAACGAGCGGUGGCGGCGGCGGGGGAUAUGGAGGGGGCGGGGNCGUAGGACAGUCGGCGGCGCGGGGGGUGUCCACAAUCUAUCUUCCAUGGGUCUCUUGCGAGGUAUUGCCGUUGUACAACUGCUUAGGUCCGGUCCACUCCGAUCUUCUCAUGUCCGUACAUGCAUGGUACCCGUGCGCGGCGUUUGAUGCGAAAUACGGCGGUGUUGAUGCGAGCCUUUCCUGCCUGCCGCAGAGCGGUAACCCUUCGGACAUGAGUAGUCGAGACGACCUCACUUAUCUCACAUUGGGGUCGUGA